GAGGAAAAGACAUUUGAGCUAGGUUUUGCUAGAUGUUUUUAAAUAAAAUGUUUUUCUUCCAUAAUGAAUAUGAAACAAUUAGAAAAAAAAUGGGAAAACUGAGUUUUCAAGGAUGAGUUCUUCAGGAAAAAGCCAAAGCUUUUAGAGAAAUUGGAUUCAUUCAUUCAUUCAUUCAUAUUCAUUUAGCAAAUAUUAAUUGCCUUCACUCCAAGCUAGAUUCCAAGAAUCCAACAAACGCUACUUGCCAAACGGAACCUGUUGGCUGGCGGGAUGAUAAGAGAUCAGACAGUUGCCACACAAUGUUAAAAGUGCCAUGAAAAAGUAAGCAUAGGGUGAUGUGGAAGCACAUGGUGCCUCUAAUCUGGACAGAUGGAAGAUACUGAGAUUUACAGUUAGGCAAGGGUCAUUUUAAGCACUGCCUUAUUGUAUUUGUAUUUAAUAACAUUUCGAAACAUGGAGUAGAAGGAAAAGUGCAGGCAAACUAUAAGAAGCUUCCAGGGAUGUGUCUAACUUUGCAAAUGAACAAAAAUCUAAUGUAGACAUAUCCUGGAAACUUCCCAUAAUUUACCUGCACUUUUCCAUUCCAAAUGUAGGUUUGGACAUUUAACAAACAGAGGCCUCAAAGGGUUAUCCUGUUAAGAUUUUAGUAGAUACAGCAGGGGCUUGAAGGAAUGUUGAUUCCAUAUCUCUUGGCCUCCUUUUAUGAAUCCAGUUCUGUGCUAGCUCUGUGAGUAAAUGAAAAUGCCUUCAAAAUUGGGAUGCCAGAGUUAGCCAGCAAAGCAACAAAGGAACACGUAUCAGCUAAGUGUGGGAAGGGAAAUAUGUACCAGUCGCUAUAUACUUUCAUACGUCAUUUUAACCUCAUAUCAACUCUAUCAAUUCAGAUAAUGACACAGGGUUAAAGAAUAGAGGCUGAGCACCUGGCUGUCCACAGACACAAUGAGCCAGCAGGAGCACCGCGGCAGCGCCCGGGGCCCUCCGAGAGUUCUGGCCUUAACGCCUAGAAAUGUGCCAUUGUCUCCUGUGUUUCUCGUUCCCGAUUCUCGUCGGGAACGCCACUGGCUAGUACCGUGCCUGGCCCCCAGUGCUCAAUCCCUGGUAGUUGGGAGGACGAAAAGGAAAUCCCUCUCUGUUCCGUCCUCACCGCAGCCCUGAGCCAGGCCCUCACACGGAGGCCUCCAGAGUUAAAGGCGCUCUGAGGAGAUGCAAGUUGUGUCCAAAACCUCCCACUUCCGGGUCUCCUGAACGUCCCAAAAAGUUCCUUAGGCCCUUAGGCGUUAGGCCAACCCCAGGCCUCGACUGGCCCCGCCCACUCCCCGCGGCCGGAAGUGGCGGCGCAGAGCGCAGUAAAUGCGUGCCCGUAGGCGCGACCUCGGGCGGUUGGUGGGGCUACUGGGUCUUACCAGUCCGCUGCGUGAGUCCCGGAGGGGGGGUUGCCGAGGAAACGCCUCUCCGGCGUCCUUCCCCUCCCCGGGGUCCUUUGAACCUAGUUUGGCUGGGACUCGCCUUCUGGCGGCGCGGAGGAUUUCAAGGCCCUGACGCGCGGCCCUGAAUUUCCGGAAGUGGGGUCCACACCGCGCAGUCAAGAUGUGCUCGACGCCCGGAAUGCCGGCGCCAGGGGCCUCGCUGGCCCUGCGGGUAUCCUUCGUGGACGUGCAUCCCGAUGUGAUCCCGGUGCAGCUGUGGGGGCUGGUGGGCGAGCGGCGGGGCGAGUACCUGCGGCUGAGCCGGGAAAUCCAGGAAGCGGCGGCCACGCGCGGCCAGUGGGCGCUGGGCAGCGCCUCGGCCUCUCCCGGCGAGCUGUGCCUGGUGCAGGUGGGGCUUCUGUGGCACCGCUGCCGCGUGCUCAGCCGGCAGGCACAGGAGAGCCGUGUCUUCCUGCUGGACGAGGGCCGCACCAUCACUGCCGGCGCAGGCUCGCUGGCGCCCGGGCGCAGAGAGUUCUUCAACUUGCCCUCGGAAGUGCUGGGCUGCGUGCUGGCAGGCCUGGUGCCGGCAGGCUGCGGCGCGGGCGCGGGCGAGCCGCAGCACUGGCCCGCCGACGCCGUGGACUUCCUUAGCAACCUUCAGGGCAAGGAGGUGCACGGGUGCGUCCUGGACGUGCUGCUGCUCCAUCGCCUAGUCCUCCUGGAGGUGCCCGAUGUGUUCCAACAGAUGCGGGAGCUGGGCCUGGCCCGGCGGGUGCCCGACAGCCUCUUCCGUUCGUUGCUGGAGCGCUAUCUCACAGCGGCCACUGCUAGCGUGGGCUCUGGGGUCCCGGUUCUCUCGCGAGUCCCGCUCAAGCAAAAGCAGCCUGGUCUGGAUUACUUCUAUCCCCAGCUGCAGCUGGGCGUGACGGAGCCCGUGGUCGUAACCCAAGUGUGCCAUCCCCACCGCAUUCACUGCCAGCUCCGCAGCCUCUCGCAGGAGAUCCACCGCCUCUCUGAGAGUAUGGCCCAGGUAUACCGGGGUUCCACAGGGACAGGGGAUGAGAACUGCACCAGCGCCACCUGGGAGGAGAGGGAGGAGAGCCCAGACAAGCCAGGCUCUCCGUGUGCAUCCUGUGGCCUGAAUGGACAUUGGUACAGAGCACUCUUGCUUGAGACUUUUCGGCCCCAGCGCUGUGCCCAGGUGCUUCACGUGGACUAUGGAAGGAAGGAGUUAGUGAGUUGCAGUAGCCUUCGGUACCUGUUGCCUGAAUAUUUUCGAAUGCCAGUGGUGACCUACCCUUGCGCUUUGUAUGGACUCUGGGAUGGUGGGAGAGGCUGGUCUCGGUCACAGGUUGGUGACCUGAAGGCGCUGAUACUGGGCAAGGCAGUGAAUGCAAAGAUUGAAUUUUAUUGCUCCUUUGAGCAUGUAUAUUAUGUCACCCUGUAUGGAGAAGAUGGGAUUAAUCUGAACCGUGUGUUUGGAGUACAGUCGUAUUGCUUGGCUGACCGAGUCCUUCAGAGCCAGGGAACAGAGGAAGAGGAACCAGAAACAUCUCCUCAGUCUCAGUCUCCUGCUGAAGAAGUAGAUGAAGAGAUUUCACUCCCAGCCUUAAGAUCUAUCAGGUUAAAGAUGAAUGCCUUCUACGAUGCACAGGUAGAGUUUGUUAAAAAUCCUUCUGAGUUUUGGAUUAGAUUGAGGAAACACAAUGUCACCUUCAGUAAGCUGAUGAGGAGAAUGUGCGGUUUCUAUUCCUCUGCCAGUAAGCUGGAUGGUGUAGUUUUGAAACCUGAACCUGAUGACCUUUGCUGUGUCAAGUGGAAAGAAAAUGGUUAUUAUAGGGCCAUAGUCACCAAGUUGGAUGACAAGAGUGUGGAUGUAUUCUUAGUUGACCGAGGCAAUUCGGAAAAUGUGGACUGGUAUGACGUAAGGAUGCUGCUUCCUCAGUUUAGGCAGCUGCCAAUAUUGGCUCUGAAGUGCACCCUAGCUGAUAUUUGGCCUUUGGGAAAAACUUGGAGCCAGGAGGCAGUUUCCUUUUUUGAAAAGACUGUGCUCCACAAAGAAUUAGUCAUCCAUAUUCUUGAUAAACAGGAUCAUCAAUAUGUUAUUGAGAUUCUUGAUGAAUCAAGAACAGGGGAAGAAAACAUUAGUAAGGUAAUUGCCCAAGCUGGAUAUGCCAAGUAUCAGGAAUUUGAAACAAAGGAAAAUAUCCCGGUAAAUGCCCACUCCCCAGGGCAUGUUUCAAAUCAUUUUACUACGGAAAAUAACAAAAUACCUUUUGCCAAAACUGGAGAAGGAGAGCAGAAAGCCAAGAGAGAGAAUAAAACCACAUCUGUUUCAAAAGCUUUGAGUGACACAACAGUUGUGACAAAUGGUUCAGCUAAACCAGUUGUGCAGGAAAAAGUGAAAAGAGCAUCUGUUUAUUUUCCUCUUAUACAGAAUUUCUUGGAAAUUAAGCCAGGCUCCUCUUGUAAAGGAGAGCUGGAAGUUGGAAGUACAGUAGAAGUCAGAGUGUCUUAUGUUGAAAACCCUGGCUAUUUCUGGUGUCAGCUGACCAGGAAUAUACAAGGACUUAAAACUCUAAUGUCUGAUAUUCAGUACUAUUGCAAAAAUAUAGCUGCUCCUCACCAGGGAAACACCCCUGCUUGUUUGGCUAAGCGAACGGUAAACAGACAAUGGUCCAGAGCGCUCAUUAGUGGGAUACAAUCUGUGGAGCAUGUCAAUGUAAUAUUUGUAGAUUAUGGAGACAGAGAAAUGGUAUCUGUGAAGAAUAUUUAUUCAAUUAGUGAAGAAUUUCUCAAGGUUAAGGCUCAGGCUUUUAGGUGCAGCCUUUAUAAUUUAAUUCAACCAAAUGGUCAAAAUCCCUUUGUUUGGGAUGUAAAGGCGAUACAAGCUUUCAAUGAAUUUGUAGAUAAUGCAUGGCAAAAAAAUCUAGAAUUAAAAUGUACGGUAUUUGCUCUGGCUUCAAUUAAUAAUGAAGAACUGUUUAACAUUGUGGAUUUGCUAACACCCUUUCAGAGCGCAUGCCAUUUCUUGGUAGAAAAGAGACUUGCGAGACCAGUAAAACUUCAGAAGCCUUUGGAGUCCUCUGUUCAGCUACAUUCCUACUUCUAUUCUACGCAUGAUAUGAAAAUUGGAAGUGAAGAAUUAGUGUAUAUAACGCAUAUUGAUGACCCUUGGACAUUUUAUUGCCAGCUGGCAAGAAAUGCAAGUAUUUUAGAACAGUUGUCAUGUAGUAUUACACAACUAAGUAAAGUUUUGCUGAAUUUAAAAACAUCUCCCUUGAACCCUGGAACCUUGUGCCUUGCCAAAUAUACUGAUGGAAACUGGUAUAGGGGCAUAGUAAUAGAAAAAGAGCCAAAGAAAGUCUUCUUUGUUGAUUUUGGGAAUAUUUAUGUAGUAACAAGUGAUGAUCUGCUUCCAAUACCUAGUGAUGCAUAUGAUGUCUUACUUUUGCCCAUGCAAGCUGUCAAAUGUUCAUUAUCUGAUAUUCCUGAUCAUAUACCAGAAGAAGUGGUGUUGUGGUUUCAGGAGACUAUUUUAGAUAAGUCACUGAAGGCUUUAGUUGUAGCAAAAGAUCCAGAUGGAACACUGAUUAUAGAACUAUAUGGUGAUAAUAUUCAAGUUAGUGCUAGUAUUAAUAAGAAGUUGGGGCUACUUAGUUACAAAGAUAGAAUAAGAAAAAAAGAAAGUGAACUGCUCCCUUCUACAAUUGAAAAUCUUGCAGAAAAAAAUGAGAAUAUGAAGUUGCCAUGUACAGAGUAUUUAAGUAAAUCAGUAGGGAACAAGUUACAUAAUAAAGAAAUUUCGGAACAGUCAUAUAAACCUAAGAUCAACUCAUCAUACAAGGAACUCAGACUUUUACAAAGUUUAACAAAAACAAACUUAGUCACUCAAUAUCAAGACACUGUGGGAAAUAAAAAUAGUCAAGUGUUUCCAUUAACAACAGAAAAGAAAGAAGAAAUUUGUGCUGAGACACUCUUGAAAACAGCAAGAGUAGAAGCCACUCUUUCAGAGAGAAAAUUAGGAGAUUCAUGUGACAAAGAUUUACCUCUGAAAUUUUGUGAGUUCCCACAGAAGACUAUAAUGCCUGGAUUUAAAACAACUGUAUAUGUUUCUCAUAUAAAUGACCUUUCAGAUUUUUAUGUUCAACUAAUAGAAGAUGAAUCUGAAAUUAGUCGUCUUUCAGAGAGAUUAAACAGUGUUAAAACAGUGCCCGAAUAUUAUGCAGGUCCACCUUUGCAAAGAGGAGAUGUGAUAUGUGCUGUUUUCCCAGAAGACAAUUUAUGGUAUCGUGCUGUGGUCAAGGAGCAGCAACCCAAUGACCUUCUCUCUGUGCAGUUUAUAGAUUAUGGCAAUGUUUCUGUGGUUCAUACUAACAAAAUAGGUAGGCUUGACCUUGUUAAUGCAGUAUUGCCAGGAUUGUGCAUUCAUUGCUCCUUGCAGGGAUUUGGGGUUCCUGACAAUAAAAACUCUAAGAAAAUGAUGCAUUACUUUUCCCAACGGACCAGCGAGACUGCAAUAAGAUGUGAAUUUGUAACAUUUCGAGACAGAUGGGAAGUUAUUCUUGCUGAUGAACAUGGGAUCAUAGCAGAUGACAUGAUUAGCAGGUAUGCUGUCAGUGAAAAAUCUCAAAUAGAACUUUCUACCCAAGUAAUUAAAGGUGCCGGUUCAAACUCUGCUAACAAAUCAGACGUUGACACUUCAGUAUUUCUUAACUGGUAUAAUCCAGAAAAAAAAAUGGUAAGAGCUUAUGCCACUGUGAUAGAUGGACCCGAGUACUUUUGGUGUCAGUUUGCUGAUACAGAGAAACUUCAGUAUUUAGAAGUAGAAGUACAGACUGCUGGAGAACAGGUAGUAGACAGGAGAAAUUGUAUCACAUGUCCUUAUAUUGGAGAUCCUUGUAUAGUAAGAUACAGAGAAGAUGGACAUUAUUAUAGAGCACUUAUCACUAAUAUUUGUGAAGAUUAUCUUGUAUCUGUCAGGCUUGUGGACUUUGGAAACGUUGAAGACUGUGUGGACCCAAAAGCACUCUGGGCCAUUCCUUCUGAACUUUUGUCGGUUCCCAUGCAAGCCUUUCCAUGUUGCCUCUCGGGAUUUAACAUUUCAGAAGGAGUAUGUUCUCAAGAGGGAAAUGACUAUUUCUAUGAAAUAGUAACAGAAGAUGUGUUGGAAAUAACAAUAUUAGAAAUCAGAAGGGAUGUUUGUGAUAUCCCUUUAGCAAUUGUCGACUUGAAAAGCAAAGGUAAAAGUAUUAAUGAGAAAAUGGAGAAAUAUUCUAAGAUUGGUAUUGCUAAAAGUGCUCUUCCCUAUGAAAAUACGGACUCGGAGAUAAAGCAGGCUCUUGGGUCCUGCAAUCUUGAUGUAGGACUUAAGAAAUUAAGUAAUAAAGCUGUCCAAAAUAAAAUAUAUAUGGAACGGGCAGAUGAGCUUGCUGAAAGAACUGAAAAAGAUGUAAACAAUAUCGGAACCAAACCAAGUAACUUCCGUGACCCUAAAACUGAUAACAUUUGUGAAGGUUUUGAAAACCCCUGCAAAGAUAAAAUUGAUACUGAGGAACUGGAAGGUGAAGUACAGUGUCAUCUGGUUGACAAAGCAGAGUUUGAUGAUAAAUACCUAAUUACAGGAUUUAACACAUUACUACCACAUGGUGAUGAAACAAAGGAGAUACUAGAACUGAAUUCACUUGAGGUGCCACUUUCUCCUGAUGAUGAAUCAAAAGAAUUCUUAGAGCUGGAAUCUAUUGAGUUACAGAAUUCUCUGGUGGUGGAUGAAGAAAAAGAGGAGCUAAGCCUGGUGCCACCAAGUAUGCCACUCUCCCAAGAGUGUGUCACAAAAGGUGCCCUGGAGCUAUUUACAGGGCAGAUUCCUCUCACCUGUGAAGCUGAGAAACAACCAGAACUAGAGCUACCUACAGCCCAGCUGCCUUUAGAUGACAAGAUGGAUCCUUUGUCUUUAGGAGUUAGUCAGAAAGCACAAGAGUGCAUGUGUACUGAGGACGUGAGAAAGUCAAGUUGUGUAGAAUCUUUUGAUGACCAGCACAGGAUGUCAUUGCAUCUACAUGGAGCAGAUUGUGAUCCUAAAACACAGAUUGAAAUGAAUAUAUAUGAAGAAGAAUUUAUAGAGUAUAAAAACAGGGAUGACAUUUCAGCAUUGAUGCCUUUGUUCCCUGAGGAAGAAAGCAGUGAUGGAAGCAAGCACAAUAAUGGUUUACCAGAUCAUGUCUCAGCUCAACCACAGAACACCUACACUCUGAAAGCCUUUACUGUUGGAUCUAAAUGUGUUGUGUGGUCAAGUCUAAGAAACACAUGGUCUAAAUGUGAGAUUUUAGAAACAGCUGAAGAAGGAACAAGGGUUUUGAACCUUUCAAAUGGUAUGGAGGAGAUAGUGAACCCUGAGAAUGUCUGGAAUGGCAUACCCAAAUCGGAUAAGCGUCCACCUGAGAAAAGGGGUUUGGAGGUGAUGGAGAUUUAAUUGUGGAUCUAUAGCUGUGGCCAAUCAGUCAGAAGCUGCCCUCGAACAAGUGGCAUCUUACCCAGACCGACAGAAUAUUUGAGAAAAUUGAAAACAUGUAACCACAGGAAGUUGUUAUUUUCAAAAACUUUUAUAUAGGUGGAAAACAAAAUAGGUCUCAGGUUGACAGUGGAGUGUAUUUAUAGUGACACUGUUGUAUAUACGGAUCUGGGAUCUUUCCUCUUUAUUGUCUUAUGUUUCUAAUUAGUUGGAAGGAUUUAUUUUGCUAAACAGUUCACUAACACAUUACAUUUCAAAAAACUAUUUUGGUACCUUUCAAAUACAGUGUUUACAUUAAAAUAGAAAAAUAAAGCCUCAUGACAAGUACAUUAUUUGAUUCUACUUAGGAUAGCUUUUUAGCAGGAUCUCCUUCAGAAUUUUUGUCUUGAUUUUGAAUCUUUGCCUGUUUGUCUAAACAUUUGACUAACAUUCUGUUUGAAUUUGGAAGUAUUCUAAUACAAGAUUUGAAUAAAGUUUAUCCUUAAAUAAAGUUUAUCCUUAAUAUGAUGGUCUCAGUUUAUUAAAAAGGAAAUAGAACUCUUAAAUAUACUUGGUUCCAUCUCUCCUCUAUAAUGGAGGAUUGGGGAAAGCAGAGUAAUAUUAAAUGUUAGUUCUUAUGUAUUAGUCACUUAGCUUGUACUUUAAAUGCAUUUUUUCACUUUAAUCAUCAACUUUGAAGUGCAUAUCAAUAUUAUCCAUAUUUUAUAGGUGAGAAAAUUGAAGCUUCAUAGAGAGGUUAAAUUACUUGCCUAAGGUCAGAUAGCUAAUGAGUCUCAGAGGCUUGAUCAAGCCCAGACCUACCUAACUUUAAAGCCCAUGACUUUUUAAACAUGAUUUUGCAAAGUAUAGAUCUUAGCUUUUGGAAACAGAUCUUAGCUGUAUGCUGCUUAACAGAUAUGUGACAUAGGCAAAUUAUGUAAUAUUUUGAGAUUUGAUCUUCUUCAUCUGUAAAGUGGUGAUGAUAAAACCUUUCUUGCAGUGUUUUUUAAGAUUAGAAAUAAUUUAUAUAAAGUCCCUGAAAAGGUGUAGGCAUUUGGUAAUUGUUUCUUUUCCCUGAAAAAUACUCAGUGUGUACUAUGUUAGGUUAUUUCUUUUUAACCUUAACUUAUUAGAUAUUUUCAAUAGUUAUUUUCUCCUUUCAGCAUCAGCAUGCACCACCAACAAAAGAGAUUGUAAGAAAAAAAAAAGUGUUGAAUGGCACAUCCAUACAGUUGGAAUGUUUAUUUCUAAAAUAAAUGGGGAAAAAAGGUUUGCUAAAUGAGACUGGGGUAAAGGUGUAUCUCUGUGAAGCAUUAUCAGACUCUGAAGCCUAAUGGAAAUAGAAUUAUGAACCUUAAAAACCAGGUAUAAUUUCAGUAAGUAGAAGGGAGAGAGGUUUGCAUUAAAAGUAAUUGAGGUAGAUGGGUAUAUUACUCCUGGAAUAAUGAAUAAACAAGUUUGGCUUACUCGUAUAGACAAUAUAAUGUGAAUUGUCAGGAGCAAAGCUCAGAGAAGAUGUGUUAGGGUCAGAUUAUAGGAAGCCUUCAGUUUCAAGCUGAGUUUAACUCCCUAUUUUAAAACAUUGAAUGGCUACAGAGGUAAAAUUUCUCAGAAUUAGUGACUUUGCACCUGACGCUACUAAGAUAGGACUAGGGUACCAAAUGAGUGGUAAAAACUUUUAUAUCCCUUGGGAAAUAAAAUCAUUUUCCAUGAUUCCCAUAUUUAUAAGUGUAUAAAUUCUUAAGCUAUAUUUUUACCUCCAUUUAAUUGUGUUACUCUGUUUUACUACUACAUAUAGAAUUGAAAACAUAAAAUUAAUUGGAAUAUGAAGAAGCUAAAUGUAAUUCUGAAUGUUUUAUUAUCCUUCACAGCCUUUGUGUGAGUACUAAUGUAUUUUAACUGGAAUCCCUGCUAUAUGCUGUAAUACCUAUGGAACCUUUCUUUAGUAAGUAGAAUGCCUUAAAGAAUUAAAGAAAAUGCCAAAAAUUACCAAUUUUCUCUAAUCCACUGCCUUUGCCUCAUCUCUAAUAUUCUUAACCCUUCUCCACUCCUCAUUUAAUCAUCAUUUGAAUUUGUGUAGUACCACCAAUCCUGUGCUAAAACAAUGGGCUUUUGCUUGUUCUAAUUUUUCUUACCAUGACCAAAAGUCAAAGAAAAGUGCUGCCAAAUUCUACCUAGAAUAUCGUGUUGCUAAAAUUAAACUCUACCACCCAUAGUAGAUAAUAAAAAGCAAGAAAUUCUGUUUUUACUGUAUGUUUAGAGGGUCUUGUAUCAUUGCAACAGGUUUUCACUGGCAUUUUGCCUGUUUUAAUCUACUUGUCUGUCAAAGUAAUGUAAAAGCAUGUUUUAACUUCGACACUAAAAAGGAAACAUCUUUGUAAAAUUAAAAUUUAGGCUGAUAUGAA